GGCCAAACUCCUUAGCAGUUUCCAAACAAAAACAUCGUGAUUAGGAACCAUGAAGGCCGAGGAGAGAAUAGUCUCAUUUUCUCUAUCUGAGAAUAUCAUGUAAAUGUUCUCUCUUGGUGCUGCUAGGGCAGCUUAGGCUCUUUGGAAAUUUUUGACGCGAUUGAAUAUUAUGGGAGCGAAGCAAUCCAGCCACAAUGGGCGAACAAACGCACGCAACGUCGGCAACGGAGCUGUUGCGACCGCCGGCUUACCAGAGACUUCAAGGGUUGUUGCGCUGGAUCCGAGAAUACGAACUCGUUCAUUAAACAAUGUUGGACAUUCUUUAUCGAUUCCUGGCCAUUCGGCUUCCUUUCAGGAGUCUGAUUUGUCUUCUUCGCCAGAGGAUAACUCUCCGUCGCCGCGAGGACUUGCCCUGCAGGGAGCGCACUCGCUCCCUUCGCAUUUGUUCGCUUACACUACGUUUUUAAACGGGGUGAAAUGUCCCGUCUGCUCGAAAGUAAUUUUGGCUGAAGAUAUUGAGCUUCAUUUGGUAAUUUGCCUCACCAAGCCUCGAAUUACGUACAACGAGGAUGUGCUUAAACAAGACAAUGGAGAGUGUGUUAUAUGUUUUGAAGACUUGAGUAUAGGUGAUACUAUAGCAAGGCUGCCUUGUUUGUGUGUAUAUCAUAAGAGUUGUAUUGACAAUUGGUUCCAGGUGAACAGGUCAUGUCCUGAACAUCCAACAGAUUAGUAAUGCUAUGCACUUUCCUCAAGAAUUUGCAGAAUAUGACAAGUUUACAGUAGCUUAGGUAUCGUGGUGUUUUCAAACAGCAUUGGAAUUUGGACCAUUAGGAGAAGAAGCUGAUUUGCUGUUUAUUGAAAGUAGUGCCUUUCUCAUAGAUGAUUUUUUUUGUUAUUGAAACCUGUGCUGAAGGCAAUCCAGUUCAACCUCAAUCCCAUGGCAGCAAAAUGUUUUGGCAACAUUUUUGAUUAAUGGGGAGCACUAAAUUUGGUUUCUUAAAUUAACUCUGGGUGUGUUCUACAACUGUGUGCUACAAGAGGCCUUUUGUAGGAAAGGUGGAAAGCAAAUAAUAUAUUUUCUGGACUACAACUAAAACACUUUUUUUAGAAUACUUGCAACUUUUAGGAAAUAGAUAAGACUGUUUCCUUGUUUUAUAAAUUCAGUGGAUAAAAUGUCGUGUGUUAUUGGUAUUGCAUGAGGUAGGCCCUUCACAAAAUUAUUAGGUUAAAUCAUAUCAUUCACGAGUAGCACACAAAAAAAGUUGUUGUCUUGCUGUGUUGUGGUUUUGCAAUAAGAACAGUGUUGUUGCUUUUUGGCUGUACAGCAGCUGAAUAUUAUUUUAACAUGUAGAUGUAUAUGUAGAUAUAUUUUAGUAACUAUAAUUGCUAUUCUUAUAGAUUUAAAAUUGAUAUGUGACACAAUUCUAUGAUCAGGACUACCACUCAUUUUGCUGUUCCCUGAAGAAAAGCUGGACAAAGUUUAAAUUGAAAUUUUUUUUAAAAUUCCAAACAUCCUCAUGAGGCAUUAAGAUAGGUAACACUAGAAGGCCAUUGCUACAAGGUAAAAAUUAUCAUCAGUUGGCAAUAUUUUCAGGUUAUAUUUCUUUGGCUAUAUCUGAUCAUUUGUUGCUUAUCAGGUGCAAUUAUAAAUGCCAUUUGUUUCAUCUGUUAUGUACAAUUUCUAUCUUAUUUCACAUUACGCUUCAUCAAUCUGCGAUUUUUAAACAAUUGUAGAAAAAAUUUCACUCUAAAGAAUUUAAACAAUGCUGAGUGGAGGUAAAAUUGUUGAAUUUUUUCCUGUUGAUUUAUUAAUUACAGAACAUGUAUUUUAUUUUUGUAUUUAAAACAUUGUUUUUAAAAAAUCCCCAAUGAAUACUCCUUUGACCACUGGGAUUGACUGGCAUCUCCCUACAAUAUCACCCCUGAAUCAGACAUUAAAGUAACAAGAGUGAAGGAAAUCGUCACCAUGUAAGGGAGCUCUUGAUUUUUAAACAAAUUCUCCUUGUCAGCACCUUAGGAAAUGUAUGUAGAACAGUAUGGAGAAUAUAUACAAUGAUGUUAGGGUGUGAAGGGUCAAGGAACUAAACAUGGUGGUACCUGUACUAGGAGCUUUGAAGAAAAAGCAAUAAGUAGCAAUAGGUCUGAUGCUUUGAACUUGAAUGGCAUACUUAGCAAGCUUCUUCAGGGUGAAACACUAAGAAAAGGGGUUAGUUUUUAAGGGGCAAUAGCAUAAGUAUUUCUCAAACUGGAAAACUACUAUAAGCUGAAAUGGCAAGGCUUAAGAAAAAACAAAGAAAUGUUUAAAAAUCCCGAACUGAAUGUCAUAAAAUAGGAAAGCUAAAAAUUGCAAUUUAUUAUGAAAGUAAAGAUAUGAAGUGUGUCAUAGCUCACCAAAGCUGAAGUACUCUUCACCCCAUAGCCUGGUUCAUAGAAAUCUUAAGGUCACUUUCUGCACUCCUGCCAUAAGAAAGUAAAUUUUGACUGUCCAAGAAUCUUGCUUUGUGCUUCUACUCUCCAGUCAUCCUGUGCCUUAGCUUCAGCAAUUGUUUAACAGGUCAUGUUAUCUCUUUGCUUUGUUAUUCCACUUCAGAAUUUCACUAGUUGUUUUAGUAGGUCGCGUAUAGCAUUGCAUGCAAUGAGUUGACCAUUGAAAUAUAAAGAAUUUGCAAUAUCAUUUGAAAUUUCCUUUUCUCUCCAGUGAUUCCUCUCUCUUCAGAUACAAUGGUUGAAAUAUGUUCUUGAGUAAUUUUCUCUUUGUUUUACAAUACAGUUCACAUUAUUUUGGAUUCAUUCAGCGGGCUUCCUCUAAGAUAGCUCAUAGGGAAGUGAAGCACAUUUCCUUGAGAGAAUUAACCACAGUUUAAUAAAGGAAGAUGUAGUUGCUAAAGCUUACAACAAAAGCCUGGAUCAGUUGAUAAAUAUGUCAAUUAAUAACGUGGUAUAACUCAUUCAGGAUAAUUGAUAUAGUAAACCACCACAACAACCAAACUCAAACAUUUCCGAUUCAUUCCACAGAGUUUAAUGAAACGUCAAAGUACCUUUAUCUCAGUACUGUGUAUAGCAGAGAGGCUUUUUAAUUUUAGCAGAUAUUUACUUGUAUAUAAUUAGACCCCAGAUUUGUUGAGUGUUAUCAACUAGUUAUUGUACACUAAAUAAUGUACCUCCUGUAGGCAUAAUGCAUUUAGUAACAUGUUUUAAAAGGUGCUUUUAAACGAUGGUUAAAUUAUUGUGCAACCUCGUUAAAUUUUCAGAAGAUAAUUAAAAAUAAUUGCUAUUGCUUUGGCUUCUGGAAUGUAAAAAAUAAAGGAAACGUUUGAAAA